AUGUCUUCCAGUGGAUUGCCCGAGCCAUGGACGGUGCGCUACAGCAAGUCCAAAAGUAGACAGUAUUUUUUUAAUCCCCAAACCAAAGAAUCACAAUGGGAGGAGCCCGAAGGCACUGACCACGCUGCCCUCAAACAGUAUUUAGUGGAUCAUCCCUUGAGAGUUAGGUGUUUACACCUCCUCAUCAAACACAAAGACUCCAAAAGACCAGCCUCUCACCGGUGUGAUCCAAUCACCAUUUCUAAAGACGAGGCGCUCGAGGAACUGUCCGUAUACCAACACAAGAUUGAACAAGGCGAGAAAUUCGAAGAAUUGGCCAAAUUCCGCAGUGAUUGCUCGUCGUUCAAACGGGGUGGUGACUUGGGAUUUUUUGCCAGCGGCGACAUGCAACCGCCCUUUGAAAAGGCAGCAUUUGGCUUGAAGGUGGGCCAGGUGUCCAAGCCUGUGGAAACCGCAAGCGGCGUACAUAUCAUCAAACGUGUGGCUUGA